UCCGAUCACGCCGAUUUCACGCGCACCAUGCCGGCUCACGUGCAGCUGCUGACCUUCCUGAUCGUCGUCGCCGGGGUCACCGCCGGGGUGACCGCCGGGGUCACCUCCCGCCACGAGAAGGAGGAUAAGGAGCCGCGAGAAGGCUGGAGCCACCUCGUUCUCGCGCAGUCGUGGCCGCAGAGCGUCUGCAAGAAGCUGCAGUCGGAGCACCUCAAGUGCUACGUCCCCGACUCGGUGAAAAAAAGCUGGACGAUCCACGGCCUCUGGACCUACCACAGGGAGAGCUGCAACGACCUGUGGCCGUUCCAAAUCGCCAACAUCCAGGAUCUGGUGCCCUACAUGAACGAGUAUUGGCCGGCUCUGAAAGCGUCCAACUCCACAUUCUUCUGGUCGCGUGAGUGGUCGCGCCACGGCACGUGCGCGGCUCAGCUGUCGGCGCUCGGCUCCCAGCACAAGUACUUCGCCAAAGCUAUCGAGCUCUACCAGAUGAUCGACGUGGCCGGGGCGCUGGGCGACGCGGGCAUCUACCCUUCGCACGGGAAGGGCUACAAGUUCAAGCACGUGCUCGCGGCCAUCAGCGCCGCGUUCGGGGUCACGCCCAAGCUCAUGUGCCUCGACAUGCCGCGCUUUCAGGACGCGCAGAUGCUGUCGGAGAUUCACGUGUGCUGGACGAAAGAUUUUUUGCCGGUCGAUUGCUCGAAGGUGCCCGAUUUCAACGCCGCCGCCGCCGACGACAAACGCGGCAACCCUCAGAGUGGCCCGGCCGGCUCUUUGCAUUGCAACCCCACGAAGUGGCUGUUCUACCCGGACAUCAGCAUGCCAGCGGCGUGCUUGUGAGGUGUCGCAGUCAAGACCACCGUGUCGCUGUGCGCUUGUCUCUCCCCUUUUCCGCGGCGCGCCGUUCGUGGCAAUGCGUAAAUGCUUUGAAUUGUUCGUGUCCAAAGUGUGUCCUUUUUUGAAGUAACAAUUAAUGAGCGCACACAACACUGAAGCGCCCAAAAGCGAAGAGCAACGGUGAAGGCAUUGUGGGUCAGAGUUCUGGGGGGGUUCCAGAUUUUUUAAUUAACCUGAAAAAAAUCAUCUGAAAACUAGGCAGAGAUACACGGAGCUUCGGACGAUCGGUAUCUAAGACACCGUUUCGGAAUGAUGGGCCCCGCUCUAAAUGCUUUCAAGCUAUAAAUUCCGAACUUAAUUUGGAGCUUUCGUGACUGCAGUAAUUACUCUAUGGUUCUUUCGGUAAAGUCACGUAUAAAGAUAAAAUAAUAAAUUCAAUACAAGCAUAGCUAUCAAUUCCAGUUCAGUGAAUCUGCACUUGCUCUAUUACUAUAGUACUAUACUGCCUUCGACUUUUAUG